AUGGAUGUAACUUCUCCGAUACGAUUUAGCCCGUUUCAGCAACAUGCCACAAUGCCCUGGCAUGGAGACAGGCUGGUUUUGGUAGCCUUCCACGUCCGUCACCUAGACAAUCUGCCGGUUGAAGAUCUGGUGGAUUUGACGGAUUGGAUGUCACAGCAAGAUGACUCCUACCGAGCGGAGUACGCGGCCUAUUCGGCGCGACGGGCCGCGGAUGGACUGCCCAAGGCCAAAGGUGGAGAAACUCCCCUUGAGACAGCAGGAGCGCCUUCAGCGCAGCAGCAAGCUCAGGAGAGCCAGGCAACGAAGGCCUCCAAAGUGUUGGAGGAAGCUGGCUACCCGGAAUUUCCUGACUACGUCCCCUCCUGUGGAGGUAGCAUCGCGGAUAUAAACCAAGGACGAUUGACAGUAGCAGCCACCAAGAAGCUCAUAGAGGGCCUUAGCCCGUGCACAGAACCCAAUACGGGCAUUGCUAAUGCCCUCAUGUCGUCGUUCCUCCGCACAAGGAAAGGCUUCGCUGGGGAGGACCUCCUCUCCAAACUUGGCAGUGCUGUGGCCUUCCCUGGCAGCUGGUUCAAGUUUGAAUUCCGGGCUCCGAAUCGCCUGGAAGCAGCAGCCGAACAUCAGUAUGUUGGGUUCCACGGAACCCAUCUGGAGUGCCUUCACGCAAUCCUCUCGACAGGACGGCUACUCCCAAGCGACCCUGGGAUUCCAGGCACCCGCGCCUUUACAGACAGGAACGGCGUCUACCUUCAUAAGCCGAUCAAUCGGCACUUGGCCGAGAAUUACAGCUCCUUGACGCGCUACGGCGCAAGACAUAUCUUUGUGAAGCCGUGCGUGGAGGUGGUGUACGACAUCCGCGGAAGUCUCAAGGCAGGUAAACAGACUAACCAAGUCAUACAAGCAUUUGACAGCGUACAAAUCGUGGCCAUACAUCUCCGUAUAGCUACUCAGCAGAGCCUCCAGGCGUCAGAAUACUUGAUGGAGUGGUCGAGUAGCCUCGCGUUACCUCUUCACGCAGCUCGUUCUGCAUUUGAGGCUCUUGGACUGGGGGAUCGUCUGUCAGUGCCUGUGACGCCUAUGGUGCUCCCGGGUGGAGAAACUCCCCUGGGAGCCGGGAAGAGUGGAGAAACUCCCUCAAGCUCCUCUGAGAUCGCGACUCACGGGUCCUCAGUUCGCUCCGAAGGCACAGUCGGUGGCAGAAGCACCCUGGCCACAGUAGAUGAGAUGCUUCCAGAGAUCCGGGAGUGGCUUGGCGAAGAGGGAUCGCUUGGAUCCUUCCGGGAGUCUGCGAAAAACCCGGAGAGCCCGCUGGCAUAUUCGAUCUCGAAAGGUCUAGCGGCAUGUCUUCGUCAUAAUCACAAGCCGCGCCUUCAAGUCAACGAAGCGGGAUGGGCCAGACUGUCCGAGGUACUCUCUUGGCCCCGUAUUGCUGAAACCUCUGCCUCAGCUGGGGACAUGCUGGAGGUGGUUCGCAGCAAUCAAAAACAAAGAUACCAACUGGGACUUCAGGAUGAUGGCCCUUACUUCAUUCGGGCAGUACAAGGCCACUCAAGAACAGAGGUUGGUGAAGAGAAUCUGUUGGAACCAGUGUCGGAGGAGCAGCUCCCCGACACGCUACUGCACGGUACCUCUUGGAAUGCCUAUGAAAGCAUCCAGCAAAGGGGGCUUCUCCCAGGCAGAAGACUACAAGCAGCAAAGGAGGCCGGAAAGGAGGCAAGUGGCGCGAGGGGCGGCAGCAUGUACACUUCUUUAGCGAUGCAGGUGGAGUUCGAUUUCUCAUCAGCCGCAACGGAGUGUACCUGA